GAAUCCCACAAAAGUUGUUGCUUCAUCUCCGUUUGCAAAGAUAGAUAUUCCUCGCGGGCUGCCUCACAACUUGCAAAACCCUUCGAAACGAUCAAAUUCUUAAGUUAUGGGAAAGGACUCCAAGGCAAAGGAUUCUGGGGCCAAGGGAAAGGGUAAACAGGCUGCUGGUGGAAGUGAGGAUGGUGCCUCAAAAGGAAAAGGAAAAGGCGGCAAAGGAGAUGGCCUUGGAACCUGCACAUAUGUUAAAGCAAGGCAUAUCUUAUGUGAGAAGCAAUCGAAGAUUAAUGAAGCUUACAAGAAACUACAGGAAGGCUGGUUGGACAGUGGAGAUAAAGUUCCACCAGCUGAGUUUGCCAAGGUAGCUGCAGCUUACUCAGAAUGCCCCUCAGGAAAGAAAGGUGGGGAUCUAGGAUGGUUUCCACGUGGCAAGAUGGCAGGCCCAUUUCAGGAAGUUGCCUUCAACACCCCUGUUGGAGUUACCAGUGCACCUUUUAAAUCAACACAUGGAUACCAUAUCAUUUUAAGUGAAGGGAGGAAAAAUUGAGAUGUCUGUGCAUUCACGUACGUGCAGAUGGCAGAGAAACUCUUUUAUUUGUCAUCUGAUGCUAAGUACUGGUUAAGAUAAUAAGACCCUACUGGUGUGGUUUGCAAGUGUAAUGCUAAACAAGUAGACAUACCAAAAUGAUUGGAUUAAAAUUUCUUCCCGGCUCAUGUGUAUGUCAAUAUGGUUAUUUUGAAGUCUAUGAUUGAACCAACACAUUCUGAGAAAAAAGUGUUUGUAGCACUUGAUAUUAGUCGCCUUA